AUGAAUAAGCGCACUGCCAUCGAGCAAUAUUUCGACUUCAAAGGGGGUGCCGGGCCAUCUGCCACUGGUGAGAACCUAUCUCCCGCCAAAUCCGUCGAAUCCGAACACGGCACCGUCGUUGAAAAUGAAAAUUCUCCUGGUAAUAAGUCCCCUGCGCCACCUUCUGAUUAUUCAGAGGGACUUGUCGAGGUUCCCAAUGAACUCGAAACCAUUUUCCACGCCCCUCGCAAGGUUCCGGCCAAUGAAGAACUGGCUAAGUUGCUCCAGGAUCGAAAAGACUCCGAGAUCGGUGAUGAUUCCACCGAGUUCUGUUCGUUUCUGACUUCUCUGGAUCGAUUCCGCGAGACCAACUCCAUCAAGCCCACUGUAAAGUGGUUUAAGAACGCUCUCGAUCGUUUGGCCCAAGGUUGGCGCCUCCGCAACAAAAAUGGUGCUGUUGUUCGACUAGAGGGUGAGCUCUGUACCGAUUGUCAACGCCGUCUCGAUGGUGGUGAAGAUUUUCGUGUUGGUUGUAUUGGCCCUCGGUAUCGUUGUGGGAGCAAGAACGGUCACUUCCAAGGUUACCUUUGUCCUGGAGCACGAACUUUGUGCAGCUUCGGUCCGUUAUCGAUCCCUUCCCGCCCAUGA